AUGGCGGCAUCAACAGAAAAUGCAACAUUAUCACCUUUACUUGACACAGUAGAUGUACUUAAUGAUACAAAUUCAACACAAAAGCAACCUUUUGUGGCAAGUACAGAAGGAAUGUUAUUAUCCUAUUCCUUUCUUGUUUUUGCUGCACUACUCUGUGUUUAUUUGGGUUCAUAUCGAUCAAUUAUACGUAAAAAUAAACAAAAAAGUUCAGGUGAAAAACCUGAUGUACUUACUGCCAAAGAUGCGGCCAUGUUUCCUUUCAUUGCGAGUGGAUUUUUAUUUGGCAUCUAUCUCGUUAUAUUACUCGUUUCAAAGGAAUACAUAACGUUCGUUUUAAACAUCUACUUCUUUCUCAUUGGCAUUGUUGCACUCUUUCGUGCUAUACAACCCGCUUUAAGUAAACUACGUUUACCAGCGUUGAAUAAACUUCGUGAAAGACAAUUUCACGUGAAACUCUCAGAAAAUCAAGCCUCAAAUAAUAACGACAUCAUGCAUGUGGACUUUAAAUUUGAUCUUGUCGAUGUUGUGACUCUGUUUGGUUGCAUUUUGGUCGGCGUCUGGUAUUUACUUAAACGCCAUUGGAUUGCUAAUAAUAUAUUUGGUAUUGCUUUCUCUAUUAAUGCAAUUGAAAUUCUUCAUUUCAACAAGGUUUUCAAUGGAUGCGUUUUACUUGGUGGUCUAUUCAUUUACGAUAUCUUCUGGGUUUUCGGUACAAACGUUAUGAUUACCGUGGCGAAAUCAUUCGAUGCACCAAUUAAAUUAAUAUUUCCCCAAGAUCUGAUUGAAAAUGGCAUAUUCACAGCAAAUAAGUUUGCUAUGCUCGGACUCGGUGACAUUGUCGUUCCAGGAGCGUUCAUUGCUUUGAUGCUUCGCUACGAUGUGACUCGUAAGCCAUCAUCAACACGUUAUUUCAGUGCGUCAUUUGUGGCUUACAUCAUUGCUUUAUUCAUUACUAUUCUUGUUCUUCAAAUCUUCAAACAUGGUCAGCCAGCUUUGCUCUACAUCGUUCCACUUUGUCUUGGAUUUCCAUUGUUAACGGCAUUGGUUUGCAAGGAUUGGACAACAAUGUUUGCUUAUGAAGACCAUCCGUCAACAUCGGAAGUUGCGGACAAGAAAAAAGAAUGA